GCAACAUCUAGUCUGGAGCAGGCAUGGGAAUGCCCUUGAUACUCCGGAAGGAUGCACUUGAGCCGAGUUUUUGUCGGCCCUUUGGUGGACAUGAUUCGAUUUUGUCUGAUAUUGUUCCUAGGGUCCCAUAGUGCAUGGCCUAAUUUGUGCGUAUAGCAAACUAGAUUCGGAUCAUACUUCCUGUAUUGGUCCCCAUGGGUAUCAAGACUGGAACAUUAUUUUAUUCAUCUGUUGUCUGUGUUCUCUUAAGUACAGGGAGUCCUGUGAUCUCAGCUUACACUGUCACUCUUCUGCCUAACUCUCGCAGCUAUCGCGAAACAGUAUUGGGUUGUUGGUCAGUCCUUAAGCCACGCUCUGACAUUCUUUCAUCAUGUAUCGUCAGACAAUGGCACAGUCAAGUGUCACAGUCACUCUUUUUCUAAUUUCACUUUCAUUUCUCUCUCUGGCUUAUGCACAAACCUAUUACUGCACCGAAGACAUCGGUUGUACCAACGGCGCUUGUUGUGGCCUUGAAGACGGCGAGACGCAGGGUAUAUGUGGCUAUGGACCUGAAUAUUGUGGGGAUACCUGUGUGAGCAACUGCACUGCAACUGCUCCUUGCGGUAAAUAUGCAGAGGUGAAAGGCACCACUUGCCCCUUGAAUGUGUGCUGUUCUGCCUAUGGUUUCUGUGGAACAACUUCCGACUUCUGUACUGUGGUUGACGACGAUGAUGACCACAGCUGCCAGAGCAACUGCGAGUCCCCCACCGAGCCAUCCUGCUCCUCCAAUAACGUGCUGAAAAAGGUUAUUGGGUACUACGAAUCCUGGUCCACAAGUCGCGUGUGUGAUUCUUGGACGCCUAGCAACAUUGCCGCCUCUAGCUUGACUCACAUCAACUACGCCUUUGCCCUUUUCACCGAACUCGAUGACGAUGAAUGGGCGAUCAGUUGGGACCAAACUGACGAGAACGAUCUAGCUGAGUUGAUUAGCGAAUUCAUCGACCUGAAGACUACCAAUCCAGGCCUGUCAUGUUUCCUUUCCAUAGGAGGGUGGUCCUUCAACGAUGGAGAUACGGCUGACUACUGGUCCAGAAUGGCGUCUACCGCAGCUGGCAGAAAAUCUUGGUCCAAGUCAGUACUCCAUACAGUCAUGGAAUAUGGGUUUGACGGUGUCGACCUUGACUGGGAAUAUCCAGUGGCCAGCGACCGAGGUGGCAGCGAAGAAGAUGCGGAGAACUACAUUAAGCUGCUAAAGGAGCUUAGGUCAGUAUUCGAUGAAGAAGGGACGUCUUACGGCAUCACUUUCACGAUUCCCACCAGUUAUUGGUAUCUUCAAAACUUCAAUAUCUCUGCCAUGGUAUCAGAAACAGGCGUCAAUUGGGUGAAUGUUAUGUCCUAUGACUUGCAUGGUACCUGGGAUGGUAACAACGAUGGAUCCAGAUGGACAGAGUCAGUGCUGGCGGGACACACCAAUCUCACAGAGAUCAAGAUUGCUUUAGAUCUUCUCUGGAGGAACGACGUAGACCCCUCUAAAAUCGUUCUGGGAAUGGGAUUCUAUGGGCGCACUUUCACAUUGGACGACACCGAAUGCAGUACCCCAGGUUGUGCUUGGGCAGGAGCCGGCCAAGCUGGCGAUUGCACUGCCACAGCAGGUAUACUGUCAUACAAGGAGAUUGUGGAGCUGAUGGCUGAUUCGAACAGCCUCCUCGUUUGGGACGAGGAUGCUGCAGUCAACUAUAUGACAUAUGGCGAGGACCAGUGGGUUUCUUUCGAUACGAAUCAAACGUUUCAACAGAAGAUUGACUUUGCCAACGACCAUUGUCUGGGCGGAAUCAUGAUCUGGGCUGUGGACCAGGAUACCUACGACUGGCAGGCCCUUAGCGCCCUGCUUGAUGACGACGUCAACGGUGAUUCCCUCCUCACAGGCGGAAGCGAGACCACAUCCACGAAAAAAGAAUUGGCCACUGCCUAUUCUGCUUACACUGGUGCUGAUUGCUAUGUUACGGACUGUUUUGCGUCUGGCAAAGGCCAAUGCCAGACGGACUACAGCGUCUUGGAGUAUGUUCACGAUGGUUCUUACGGUGUCAUUGAGAACCUAGACGAUGAUAUUUGUGAUGAAGGCGACUAUCGUAUGAUUUGUUGUCCUACGAGCGCAAUGCCGGAAGGCUGCCUCUGGAGUGGUGAUGAUACCCUUUACGGAGACGGCAUGUGCGCUGGCGGCACCUCUGCUUUUUGUGGCACAGGUAAAUAUGAACUGAUCCAGGACAGCUGGACAGAGAGUACUGGUGAUACUAAGUGCGUUGUUGGGGCUCGUUCUCUUUGUUGCAACACCAACACCGAGCUCGAAUUGUGCUCCUGGACGGAUUGUAUGGGGUCCUGCUCAGACGACCUCCCAUACGCCUACAAAUACGAAUCUUAUUGGGAAGGACCAAAUACUUACAAGAACUGCGAGUGGAAAGAUGGUGACUACUGCAUGGACACAUGUCCAGAUGAUAAAGUCUUGAUUACGCAGCGACCAGGAAUCGUGAAUCCUGAUGACGAUACAGAUACAAAGACCUGCAGUGAUGGCUAUGUCAAACUCUGCUGCGAUCCGCCAGACGCAACCGUUGAUCUACCUGUUGACCCAGAGGACCUCUUCCAAUACCCGGAUGACGACGACGUUAGCUAUUACUAUAACGUCGAGGAGAGUUCCAAUGAGGAUGCCACCAAUGACGAUUCCAAGGACCCUUUUGCCCUUGUCAUGAUCACUGGCGAUACAGACGCUUAUGAUGAGUCUCUCGUCGACCAGUGGACCUUUUUGGAUGAGGACUCUACGGAGAUCACUAAACGCGACGUCAAUGGAAACACAAAGAAGCGCAGCAUCUUCAAAACGGCGACUGACACGUUCGAGAAUGUUGUGGAAACACACCGCAUUCGGUGCAGCUCCCUCGUUAGAUACAACAAUGAGACAGGAUGCCAAUCUAUUUUCAACGGUGGUGCACGAAACACAAUUGUCAAGAUGCCGGACCACAUUGGCGCUGGCCCGUAUGCCCGAGUGGUCAGCCUUGAACGGAUCCUGUCAGCCAAGAGAGACACCACUGAGGAAGAGUUUGAGUUGGUCACCGACUACGACCUUGCUGCCGCUUCAGAGGAAGAUAAAGGCAAUGUAAACUUCCGUAUAGACUACACAAACCUUCUUGAGUACUGGGACGAAAUCACCGACUCACCUGCAGACCGCAAGAGAUGGUUUGGUUCUUUUAGUAAUUGGCUCAAGAAGAUGACUACCAUCGUCGAGGACGAAGAGGGUAGUCUUCCCUUGGAGUACGAGAAAACGCUCAAGCUGUUUCAUUUCCAGAAAACCUGCCCAAAACUCGGUACCUCCACACUUGACCUGGACGCCAACAUUCAUAUUGGGCUUUAUUCCCAAUACGGUUAUUAUUUUGAGGGCUCGAUUCUUCCGGUCCCAGAGUUGAUCAGCGCCUACGCAUACUUCUCCAUUGAGCCAGCGGCAGCUAUUCUGAUGACUCUCCGUGGAGAAGCGACUGUGCAGACAAGCAGCGACGUCGUGAACAUCAUCAGUGGUGUAGGUCUUCCGGGUCUCUCUAUCAAGGGUCUAAUCAGCAUUGGUCCGGAGUUUGCCUUGACUGGCUCCAUGGAUGCCUCUCUCAGCGUUUCGGGAGAGAUCAAUGCGGGUGUCUCCCUCGCUUUCGAUAAGACGACCGUCUACUUUCCUAACACGGAGGACGCUGCUGCAGAUGAUGCCGAGGCUGGCUCCGAUGGCAACGCCCUGGCCGAUGCUAAAAAGACAUACUCGGUUGACGCCUCUCUUGAUGCCGCAAUCUCAGCUACUGGGAACCUGGCCCUUUCUCUCACGCCUGAAGUUAAGUUCGGCAUCUCUGUACUAGGUGGCACACUCAUGGAAGGCUAUGUGACCGCCGGUGUCACCAACACCAUCGAAAUGGGAGUCAGCGCAUCGACGAGUGCAAGCACCAGUGGCGAUGUGUCCGCAGAGUUUUGUUACUGGGCUGACUAUACCUAUAAGAUGUUCAUUUCAGCUGAUGUUUCGUUUGUUGAUGAUCUCAUCUACUGGGGUGGCGCAUACGAUGUAUACUCUUCAGAUGAACCACUCACCCUGGUUGAAGAGAAGUGUUACGCCUACUCGAAUUCGGACUCGGAUAAUGCCAAGCGCAGUACGACCUCGUUGGUCAAGAACAGCACCGCCAGCUCCGGUUGCUUCAGCGGUCUCAUCAAUUGCGGUACCGAGGAAGACGAACUCAGCUGCGACUCAAGCAGCGACGACGACAGCACCGCAUCCAAGAGAGCCUGCACAGUCGAUAUACCGGCACUUUUUUAUAACUGUGACUUCAUGGGAGGUAGUCAGAGCUUCACAAACCUGAACGAGAACACGCAGGCUGCCGUUCCCUCGUACACCUUCAUUGGAAUCUGUGAGAACGUUCGGAACUACCUCGACAGCGGUGUGACGCAGACACCAAGUGGCAAGGCCGUCGUUGCUGGUUCCAACUGGAUGGAACUGACGUACCUUCCUAGCGGCGGCAACGGCGGCAAUCGCGCCGAUGCCUGCAGCGCUGUGUCAUCUUCUUGUGCCAGUACUAAAUCCGCCAUGUGGCCCACGGGUGUAUAUAAUGCAGCCGUUAAUAAGCAAAGCUACAAAGGGAUGGCAGGGUACAUCGAUUCCAUCUCGUGUGAUGAGUUUCCUUUCAAUGCGUCCGAAGAAGGCGGCAACGGUGCUGAAGCAGCAUGUGUCCCUGUCGAGUACCAAACGUACCAAGGCCAAGUCAACGCGAAGAUUCCCCAAGUCUACGACAUCACACUUGGUAAGAGAUGGGAUGAUGGGUCGUGGCCAAGCAAUAAUGAAAGGAAGUACACUGUCACGCUUAUGUAUGGAGGGACUAGCACCGUUGCAGGGCAGAGUUAUAUUGGCAAGUUCGCUGGAUCUGUCGACAGCUCCUCUACUUGGAAAAUCACGAAUAUCAUUGGUGGCAUUAACCUCAUGAGCACCACCAACUAUAGAAUUGGCACAACCACUGGCAACAACGGUGUUUGCCAGAUUUUGGGUCAGACAGUGAAGUCAAUUUCCGGCAGCAAGAAGAUUAGCAAGUGGAAGACUGUUGCUUGCAAGAUCACGUUCACAAGUGCGGACUCUCUAGACAAGCGCGGCCUGGACUCUAGAGACGGCAAUAACUGGGUAGUUGAGAAUGUGGAACUGUUACCAGGCUGGGAGAAAACCUCGACUAAUCCUGACGGCAGUGUGGAUCCAGAUGUGAUCCCGGACAGCUCAAGUGAGGCAGAGGCUUUGGUGACGCCAGCUCCUGAGUUGGGUAAUGCCAAAAUUGAUAUCAUGAGGCACUUGCACCAGCACAUACACAGUAAAUCUCAUUAGCGACCAGAAUGAAUUCAAGACUCUUAUCUUUUGUCUUUGGGACGAACCCUUGGUAAUAUAGGUAGGAGGCAGUAGGAGGCAAAGGUAGCCCCUUGGACAGUGGCGAGGCA